UGCGGAAAAUGUCUCGAUAAGCUGCCGCUGGUGCUUCUGGGUGCGUGUGCGCUGCUGUAACGCGGAAAGAUAGAGGAGGCUCCGGGGCGCCGGAGAUCUCCGGUUUCCCCAAACAAUAGUCGACAGGACGCGAUGAUGGUCGCCUUUUUUUUUUUUUUUUUUUUUUGAAACCGCAGGGAACUUUAGGACCCUCAUCGGCCCUAUUGUUGUUCCCACCGAGGCCACGUAGCUCCGUGGGGGCGAUUUUAAACGUGGGAGGACGACUUGUGCGUUUGUGAGUGUUUCUAAAAGGACGUAUAUGAUCCGGAGACGGAUGCGCAUGGAGGGAAUAACCGCGUCCAGCUUGAUUUGUAGGCCGGAGGGUUUGAAUUUCUCUCCUCGGUGAAGGGACUGGUGGGAAUUUGAGUGCGUCCAUUCAUUUUACUGCGAGGAAAAGGGGGAAACGGGAGGAGAAAGGGAACAAACAUACGGGAUAAUUUGGCACCAGGACGCGACCGGUGGGGCCUGGGAGUCUCCCAUUGUCCUGGCCGAACACAACUGCCUGCUUUUUUUUCCUCGUUUUGUAGGUCGUACAACUCUUUACAUUCGCCCCGAAUGCUCCCGGCUCCUCACAAUCGCAGCCACCUCAGCUCUCCCCUGCUGCCACUCUCCUACCCGUCAUCCUCUCCUGCCCCUCUUCUCCUCCUCUCUAGCCUCCCCCGCUCUCCCGCCUCCCUUCUCCUGCUCCCUCCUCGUCGGCCUCCAAGAUAGAUUCCCUCAGGAGCAAGGUUGACCUGCUCAAGCUGCCCCUCGCUCUCUCCACCAAGUCCAUCUCCGAGCGCAAGAGCCAGCUGGGAGGAGUCGGCGAGCAGCGCGGCACGGGGGGAGGAGGAGGCGGCGGGGCUCGUAAAGCCCGCCCACCGCUGACCCGAGACAUGGACAACGAGUCGCAGUACUCGGGCUACUCAUACAAGUCCUCGCACUCCAGGAGCUCCCGCAAGCACAGGGAUCGGAGGGAUCGACACCGAUCUAAGAGUCGAGACAGCAGCAGCCGUGGGGACAAAUCGGUCACCAUCCAGACUCCUGGAGAGCCGCUGCUGGACGCAGAGUCGACCCGCGGGGAUGACAGGGAUGACAACUGGGGCGAGACCACCACGGUCGUCACUGGCACCUCAGAACACAGCAUCUCAAACGAGGACCUGACCCGUGUCACAAAAGACUUGGAAGAGUCGACUCCGCUGGAGUGCAAGCGCUUCGUUGGCCCGGCUCUAGGAGGCUGCCUGAGCUUCUUCGCCCUGGUCACACCGUUAGCCUUCCUCAUCCUCCCGCAGGUCCUGUGGCGUGACGCCCUCGAGCCGUGCGGCACGCCCUGCGAAGGCCUCUACGUCUCUCUGGCCUUCAAGCUCCUGGUCCUGCUCAUCUCCUCCUGGGCGCUGUUCCUCCGGCCCCCUCGCGCCACGCUGCCGCGCUUCUUCGUCUUCCGCUGCCUGCUGAUGGUGCUGGUGUUCCUGUUUGUGGCGUCGUACUGGUUGUUCUACGGCGUGCGGGUGCUGGAGCCCAGGGAGAGGGACUACAGGGGGAUUGUGGAGUACGCCGCCUCGCUGGUGGACGCUCUGCUCUUUAUACAGUACCUGGCUCUGGUGCUGCUGGAGGUCCGACACCUGCAGCCCGCCUUUUGCCUCAAGGUUGUCCGGAGUACGGACGGAGCCAGCAAGUUCUACAACGUGGGCCACCUCAGUAUCCAGCGGGCGGCCGUCUGGGUGUUGGACCGUUAUUACAGCGACUUCCCCGUCUACAACCCUGCCCUGCUUAACCUGCCCAAGUCCAUCCUGUCCAAGAAGAUGACCGGCUUCAAGGUUUACUCCCUAGACGAAAACACCACCAACAACUCCACAGGCCAGUCUCGAGCCAUGAUAGCAGCCGCCGCCCGGAGGAGAGACAACUCCCACAACGAGUUCUACUACGAGGAGGCCGAGAUGGACCGCAGGGUCCGCAAGCGCAAGGCCAGGCUGGUCGUGGCGGUGGAGGAGGCCUUUACGCACAUCAAGCGCCUCCACGAAGAGGAGCUCGCCUCGUCCCCCAAACACCCGAGGGAGGUGAUGGAUCCUCGCGAGGCGGCUCAAGCUAUUUUCGCCCCGAUGGCCCGGGCCAUGCAGAAAUACCUAAGAACCACCCGGCAGCAGGCUUUCCACAGCAUGGAGAGCAUCCUCACACACCUGCAGUUCUGCAUCACACACAACAUGACGCCGAAGGCCUUCCUGGAGCGCUACCUCUCCCCAGGCCCCACCAUGCAGUACCAGCAGCAGAACGGCAGGGGGCGCCAGUGGACUCUAGUGAGCGAGGAGCCGGUGACCUCGGCGCUGCGUCAGGGUCUGAUCUUCUCCCUGCGACGCCUGGACUUCUCCCUGGUCGUCACGGUGACGCCGCUCCCCUUCCUGCGUCUCGGGGAGGAGUUCAUCGACCCAAAGAGCCACAAGUUUGUGAUGAGGCUGCAGUCGGAGACCUCGGUGUGAGGGCGGCCCACCUUCCCCACCCCCCACAACCCCGCGCUGCCCUCUCUUCUGCAUCACCCCUGUGGCCGGACAUGUGUUCUGCUCACAUCCAAUCAUUUCCUGUCUGUGACAAAGGAAACCAUUGAAGGAGAGGAGCGUGUGAAUCCUCCUUCCUGUUUGAUGAUCAUCACAGAUGCUCUGAUAUCAGACUGUGAUCAGCUCAAUGAUUGUCCAAACCUGGAUUUUAAAGAUGCCUUGACUCUCUCUUAUUCUGUGUUGCUGAGUCUUAACAACACACUGUACAACAAAAAAAAACACACAAAAAAACCCAACUUCUUUUCAAAAGGGGGACUUUUUCUCUUUUUGCCUCAUCUUCUUCUGUAACCACUGGACUACUUUACUGUGCUGACUCAAUACAUGAACACCAGAGGAGGGGGAUUACAUCACGCUUGUCACUUCCUCUCUCAUGUGUCUUAAAAACAGACAAACUGGAGCUCAAGUCUGACUGCAAACGCUGGCGUACCACUGCCUCUUGGUUCCCUGUCAGUGUGUUGUUUCGUUUCAGAUGACGCAGACUGUUUUUUAUAUGAAAGGGUGUGACUUUUUUUUUUUCAAUUUUACUUACAGAAUGUAGCAUUAUGUGCAUUGAAUUAACACGCGGCUUUUCUGCGGCCUGAAGGCCAAAACGUCUUUUUUCUCUGACUGUAAAGAAAAACGGAAGUACAUUCCUGAGUUGUUGCUACUCCAGACUCUGUAUGUUCACGACUGUCUCAAUAUGCAGCUUUUGUUUAUUUUAUUCUACACUGGCAUUUUUUAAUUUUUUAAUUUUUUUUACUAUUAAUUUUUAAGCAAGAAAGACUCCAUGAUGUCCUCAUUCACACCUGCUAUAAACACGCAAUCUGUAUCUGCAUAUUUUAAUCUGGAAGAGGAUGUUAAAGAAACAGUUCACCUAAAAUUCAGACAUUAUCUUCUCAGCUCCAGUCCAGUGGAAAGUGGGGUGAAGCUUCGUCGUCCGUAAAACAUUUCUGGAGCUUCACAACAAAAAAAGCGUUGCAGGAGUUUCUCCUAAACAACUGAAAUAGAUGGGGACUUGUUUUAAAACGUCAAAUCAUUAAAUCAUUAAAGCUUCUCCAGUGUAAGGAAAGUCUUCGGAAGCCCUGAGAUCCCAAAUUAAUUUGAAAAGAGAUUUACACCCUUGACGUGGGGUGUGCACUAAUGCUUUUAGCUUUGCAGCCACUGUGGUGAUUUCAGUCAAAGAGUAUGAAUAUCUUUUAAAUUCUGGCUUAAGUCUCUGGAUGCCCUGGGAAAUUACAUUUUAAAAGGCUUGAUUUACCUGCAUUUUUAAAGCCAAGAUCUUCACUGUAGCUGCUAAGCUAAAGGUGUUAGCAUGCACGCUGCUAAGCAAGCCUCACAGUGCAUCAGGUGUGUGAAUAACAUCUUCUUAAAUGAAUGUGGUAUCUCAUGAUUCCGAGGACCUGGUAUUACUCCGGAUGAACUAUAUCGAGCCAUUUCAUGCUUCUUUUAUUUUUGUUGUGUUUGUCAAAUGUUGAAACAAAAAUAAAGUCCCCAUCUACUUCA